CCAAAUUAUUUUUUAGUUUGUUUUUUAAAGAUUACUACAUAUUACAUAGAACCUGAGAUUGUGUAAUGCAGAAUAUAGAACUUUAGAAGGUAUAAUAGAACAAACAGAUUAAAAUGCUAAGUAAAUUAAUCAGAACUUGGAAUCCAUUUUGAUCACAUAUGGCAAAAAACUUUGACAGUGUUAAACCCAAUGAAGCCAGCAGAUGGCAGCAUUAUGAAUGAAACGGACCUCACUGGACCCAUUCUUUUUUGCGUAGCCCUGGGAGCCACCUUGCUUCUGGCAGGGAAAGUUCAGUUUGGUUAUGUGUAUGGCCUGAGUGCCAUUGGCUGCCUUGUGAUUCACGCCUUACUGAACCUGAUGAGCUCUUCAGGGGUGUCAUACGGCUGUGUGGCCAGCGUGCUGGGUUACUGCCUGCUCCCCAUGGUCAUCCUGUCUGGCUGUGCCAUGUUCUUUUCACUGCAGGGCACCUUUGGAAUUGUGUCAUCACUGGUCAUCAUCGGCUGGUGUAGUCUCUCAGCUUCCAAGAUUUUCAUUUCAGCCUUGGACAUGGAAGGACAGCAGCUUCUUGUUGCCUACCCUUGUGCCUUACUUUAUGGACUUUUUGCCCUCCUAACAAUUUUCUGAAAACUGUUUGAGAUGGCAUUGCAAGACUCUAUUUGUUUGCUAUCCAGAUUAUUUUGGAACUAUAUUAACAUUCAGAUUUCGUGAUAUGAUUUCUGUUUUAUUGCUUUUGAGAGAGUAAUAAGCAGAGAGACAAAGCAGCACUUAAGCAUGGUGCUCUAAUAGCCUGUUGGUUUGAAUGAUGUUUUGCUUUUGAGUUUGAUGCAUUAAAACAUUUCAAAAUACUUAAAAAGGGAUACGGAUGCUGUACUGAUCGACCCUGCUUUUCUCAAUAGGUGUAUUUCUGAGAUACCGUAAGUAAAUAAAACCAUGUUUACUAAAAGAAAAUCUCUAGUAAGCCUUUUGAGAAACUUGCAUGGCAGCUCAAGCUGUGUGCAUGUGCCUAAAAAUUGCACCGUUUUGUACCUUUGGAGAGUUCAGUGGUUUUUAUGUAGGAUUUUAUUUACCCAAAGUCUCAAAGAACCUCUCCCCUUUCAAUAAAUAGUUUUAAUAACU